AUGCAGCCGUCAGCGGCACAGGAGGCCGGGCGCAGGGGGCCGCGGGAGCGGGCCAGAAAGAGUGCGCCGGCUGCGGGGCCCCGCGAGGGGCGCGCUAAGGGGGCGCCCCUCGCGGAACCACCGAAGCCAGGCUGGGCGCUGACGCUGGAGGGGCUGGCAGCCAUGCGCCCCGCGCAGCGCCACCGCCACUUGCUCUUCGGCGACCUGCUCGAGGAUGUGGGCGCGGCCGCCUCUGUCUUCCCGCGCGAGUCGCUGGAGCUGGUGGACCGCAUGCCUGACCCGCGCGCAUGGACUCAGCAGUUUGAACUGCCUGAGCAGCGGCAGAACCGACUCCUGGGCGUUCUCAAGGCGGCCGAGGCCCGCGGGCGGGUCCGCGCCCUGCGUCUGCGCUACACCCGCAUGAGGGCCGAGGAGAUCUCACUCCUCAUCCAGCGGCAAAAGUCCGCGCGCGCCGCCAUCCGGCUGGAGAUGUUCCUGCCGCCACAGCUGAAGCCCAAGAGGAUCCCCGACCCCCUGGACCGGCAAGAGCGGAGGCGAGUGGAGACUAUCCUGGAGGAGAGUGUGGAUGGCAGCAUCUUCCCGCGCUGA